AUACUUAGUUUGGGAAUUAUACAUCGAUUCGAUUUGACGAUGAAGUUGGUCCUUGUUCUGUGUUGUCUGGGGCCGCUGGGGGCGCUGGCGGCGGUCUACGAGCCCCUGGAAUUGAACUACCACGAGCGCGUGGGAAUUCCGCUAGCCCAAGCCCUAAAACAAGCAGAACUCGCGGCCGAUUUCGAUGGCGGCAGGAUAAUUGGCGGAUCAUUUGCCGCCCUCGGCGCAUACCCUUACAAGGCUGGACAGAUAAUGACGCUGACGAAUGGGGGACAGUCGAUCGGCGGCGGUACAUUGAUCAGUAACACACGGGUGCUGACCGCGGCGCAUAACUUGAUAAGCGGGGGGCAGUUGGUGCGCCACGUGACCGUCGUGUUAGGCUCCGUGCGCAUCUUCUCCGGCGGCACCAGGAUUACCUCCAACAGGAUGGACAUCCACGCCAAUUAUAACCCCAAUAAUAUUAAUAACGACAUCGCCAUCAUUACUAUCGACUGGGUCAACUACAGCAAUACGAUCCGCAACAUCGGGUUGGCGUCUGGCAGUAACACAUAUGCCGGCGCAUGGGCCUGGGCUAUCGGCUUUGGAAAGACCAGCGACACGGAGCCGGCGAGUCCGGACCUGAAGCACGUGCGCGUGCAGGUGAUAAGCAACGACGCGUGCCGGAGUGCCAUCCCUGGCAACUUUGUGAUUGCCUCGACCCUAUGCAUCAGCGGCACCACAGGGAACAUCUGCACCGGUGACUCUGGCGGCCCGCUCGUUGCCGACAAUCUUCUCGUUAGUUACUUUACUUCUAUACAUUAUCCUAUUAAAAUAACUAACACUUUUGUAUCAAAAGAAAUUCACAAGAGAAGCGACAAGAGGAGGAAAGAGGUUAUUAAUAUGCGUCCCAACCAUCAAUCCCGCUUCUCCUUGGACGGUAUAAAGGGGAAGAAGACUAUAAUGAAAUCUCUUAUCGGUGUAUCUUCAUUCGGGUCGGGCUUGUGCGACGCGCGCCGACCUUCCGGCUUCGCUCGUGUCAGCUCAUUCAAUUCUUGGAUCCGAGCGCGUUUGUAAUGCCACAAUCAGCCAAAAUAUAUAACUAUUUACUAAAAAA